CGCGCUCCUCUGUCACCGUGGAGGGGGCGGGGUCUCUAUACAAGCCGCUGCGCCCCGGGGUCCCGCGGCACAGCGCGCACAUGUCCUCCCCUCCUCAUCUGCGCGCGGGUGCAGGCGCCCCGUGGGCAGCGCUGCGCUCCGAGAACGGCCUGGACGAAGAUGAAGAUGAUGAAGAUGAAGAUCUGGCGGACGCGGUGGACGCGCUGCGCCUCCAGAGCUUCAUGCGCUCCCGGAGACGGGCCCGCUCCCUCCCCGCGUGCCCCGGCGCGCUGCUGGACCCAGAGGGAGGUCGGAAGCGCGUGACGUUCGCAGACUCCAUGGGGCUGACGCUGGCGCGCGUGAAGCACUUCAGUGCGCACGAGGACCCGCAGAUCCCAUCCAAGGUGCUGUCCCGCCACAAGAGCUUCCCGCUUCAGCACCAAGACCUGCAAGCGCUCAGCCAGAGCCUCCGGGCCGGUCCGAACCCGGACCGGCUAGUGCCCUGCUUCCCGGAGCUGCAGGACGCGGAGCGCCGAGUCCGGGCGCUGCGCGUGUGUCUGGAGAAGGUGGCGGUCACACAUCUGGAUGUGCGCGCGCAGAUUCGGGUCCUUACGUCCGGAACCCUGUCGGAGGUUGGGCUCAGGUACACCUUCAACGACUGGCAGUCACACGUGGACGCGCAGGCUCUGCCCGCGUGCGGAGAGGACCCGGACCUGCUGGGGCAACGCUUCUGCGUCACGGUCUACACGCCCCCCUUUUUGGAGUCCGGGGCCGCGGUGCACUUCGCCGUGUACCUGCGGGGGGAGGACGGCGAGUUCUGGGACAAUAACGACGGCAGCAACUACACGCUCCGGUACCGCAGCGCGUGCGGCGACGCGCCGUUCACGAGCGCCGCGUUCGAGGCCACCUGAGACGCGCGUCAGCGGUGCGUCCGCGGUGCGUCGGCGGUGCGUCCGCGGCGCGUCAGCGGCACUUUCCUCUGCAGAACAGCCGAACCAGACCUGUUGGUCUAAGGUUCUGGUUCCUAUAAUCCAGCAGCGCCACCUGCUGGCAGGAAUGCAGAUCAUGAACAUCUGUAGCUACAGCGGCUAACAGGAGAAACCAGGAUUGUGUCAAUAAGUCUGUAGAACCAACAAACACCAUGGCUCCAAGGAAAUCAACACAUCAAAACCUGAAACUCUGAGUUGACUUGUCUGCUAGAAAAUUCUACCAACUCUACAAAGUUCUUCCACACCUCGCCUCUCAUGUCCACAUGGUAGCAUCCAAACCACAAACACAGGCAGACCAUGUGAGAAUGUCCUUAGAUUUGUGUUUUUACUGUUGCUUCUUUAGUCUGAGCGAUGACCCGGUCAAAGAUCAGACGAGGGUCAAACGUCUGGAUCUGCUGAUCAAAGACAAAUAAAUGUGUGUUUGGGAACUCCUGUCGAUCCGCCUCUUCAUCCUCUGCAUACCCUCACCUCAGAACCAGUGAAGGUUCUGAUCCAAAGUGACUUCAGGGUCAAUCUGAAACAUGAAAUCCUUCCGACCUGACACAUACCUGUGCUCUUUUCUUGGUUUGUGUACUCCAUCUAAAGUCUGUGUGAUCUGAAAUUGUAACAAUUUUUUAUUUUAAUUGAAUUAAAUAAAGAGUUAAAGAAGUUGUAUCCAA